AUGGAAGCGAAUGGUUGUUCUGAUGGCAGAGUAUAUUGCUCUAACUGUCAAGGCUAUGGCGGAUUCCAUCAUUCUGCCUCUCUGCGAGCGGAGUGGGAUACACGUAUGAGUAGAUGGCAUCGUCAAAGUUCCUUCUUACUUGAGAAAAAAAUUUCUAAAGCACAACGCACUCUUUAUUGGUCUAAUCAACAGCAGCCAUGGUCGAAGAAUUCUCCAGUAGAUGAGUUUAUUCGAUCUCUUGGACAAGAUGAAGUAAAUGAAAAUAUUCAGCUGAAACAAACACUCGUAAAAGAAUAUCAAGAAGAACAUUUGAAAUCAACUACAGGAGUGAACAGCGGAAUACGUCGGUUAAUCUGUACUGUAUUUCGUGCACAUUUUCUCUACACAGCAGAUAUUGAUCGGAAACGAACAGCUGCCUAUUACCAUGAGGAUACGAAUGUGAAUGUCUCCUUAACUCUCAUCCAUACUUUUCUCUACAAUAGUUACUCUGAGAAUUCGACAUGGCAGAACAAUCUUCCUCUAUACAGACUAACAUUUGCUGUUGCAUACCGCAACUAUGAUCGUGGAUAUUGUACAAAUGAUUGCACUAUGCACAACAGAACGAAGAUGCACACAUACUGGAAUGGCCGACUGGCAUCCUCACCAGAGCGAUUUCCGUACUAUGUUCCAAGCACGUGGUAUCGUCUUAGUUUGCAGUUUGUUUUAGAGGUGCGAGUCGAUACAAGAAAAGUGAUGCCAUUGAAAAAACGUGAGACUCUCGAAGUUGGUGUGACAGAAGAAGGAAAAUUCAUAAAAUCUUACGAGGGUGUGGUUGUAACAGGUGUCAUGGUUCGCAAACUAAAUUUCGAUCCUGCAUAUCUACCGUCCAGUUGGUGGUGGUGUAAAUGGCGCCAUUGGUUUGAUCUUCAUCGUGCCUACUACGAAAAAAAAAUCAAAGAGGAAACAAAAAUGGCUGAGAGUAACACAGAUAAUGACAAAUGGUAUACAAUCGACAUAGGUGGAACACAGUUUAAACUACCUGUGCGGUAUCAAAACGUUGCCUUAAUUACACAGAAUGCAAACAGUGUUAUAGUUCGUGCUAUUGAUACAGUACGUUCUAUUGUGACGAUGACGUUCGAAAAAAGGUGA